UGGGUGGCCUUGCUCGAGGGUCUGCCUGCCAGGCUCAGCUCUGCGGGGUCGCAGCUCUCUGCCUGUGGAUCACCCCCCGAUCCUUUAGGGCCUGAAGGGUUGCCCGGCCCGCUGCGGUGUGGUCAGCCCGGGGUGGGCAGUGAGCUGACGGCAGCCGCCUCCCCACCCCUGCGCUCCCCCUGCCCGGUGGCGCGUGCUCAGGUGGCCUUUUGCCACCCGUGUCCCUCUGUGUCCUGCUCGAGACCGGGCGCGUGGUUCUGUGGCAGGUGCUGCCCGGUGGGGCCUGGAAAUGGGGUGUCGCGCCUCCGCGGGGAGGACGCGAGGGCCGCCCUGAGCCGCUGCUGCGACGACGGCCAGUGAGCACGCCGCACGAUGUCCACCACGGCGACGGCCGCCCCCGCGGGGAUGCCGGGGGCCCCGGGCCCCGUGAACCCGCCCCCGCCCGAGGUGGCCAACCCCGCCAAGCCCGGCCGCAAGACCAACCAGCUGCAGUACAUGCAGAACGUGGUGGUCAAGACGCUGUGGAAGCACCAGUUCGCCUGGCCCUUCUACCAGCCCGUGGACGCCAUCAAGCUGAACCUGCCCGAUUAUCACAAAAUAAUAAAAAACCCGAUGGACAUGGGGACUAUCAAGAAGAGACUGGAGAACAACUACUACUGGAGUGCCAGCGAGUGCAUGCAGGACUUCAACACCAUGUUUACAAACUGCUACAUUUACAACAAGCCCACAGAUGACAUAGUGCUAAUGGCCCAAGCCUUAGAGAAAAUUUUUCUGCAGAAAGUGGCCCAGAUGCCCCAGGAGGAAGUUGAAUUAUUGCCCCCCGCUCCGAAGGGCAAAGGCCGGAAACCGGCUGCGGGAGCCCAGAGUGCAGGUACGCAGCAGGUGGCGGCCGUGUCCUCUGUCUCCCCGGCGACCCCCUUUCAGAGCGCCCCCCCCACUGUCUCCCAGACGCCCGUCAUUGCUGCCACCCCUGUGCCAACCAUCACCCCAAACGUCACGUCGGUCCCUGUCCCCCCGGCUGCCGCGCCCCCGCCUCCGGCGACACCCAUCAUCCCCGUGGUCCCUCCCACGCCUCCCGUCAUCAAGAAAAAGGGCGUGAAGCGGAAAGCGGACACGACCACGCCCACGACGUCCGCCAUCACCGCCAGCCGGAGCGAGUCGCCCCCGCCGCUGUCGGACCCCAAGCAGGCCAAGGUGGUGGCCCGGCGGGAGAGCGGCGGCCGGCCCAUCAAGCCGCCCCGGAAGGACCUGGAGGACGGCGAGGUGCCCCAGCACGCGGGCAAGAAGGGGCGGCUGUCGGAGCACCUGCGGCACUGCGACAGCAUCCUCAAGGAGCUGCUGUCCAAGAAGCACGCGGCCUACGCCUGGCCCUUCUACAAGCCCGUGGACGCCGAGGCGCUGGAGCUGCACGACUACCACGACAUCAUCAAGCACCCGAUGGACCUCAGCACCGUCAAGAAGAAGAUGGACAGCCGCGAGUACCCGGACGCACAGGGCUUUGCGGCCGACAUCCGGUUAAUGUUCUCCAACUGUUACAAGUACAACCCGCCCGACCACGAGGUGGUGGCCAUGGCCAGGAAGCUGCAGGACGUGUUUGAGAUGCGGUUUGCCAAGAUGCCGGACGAGCCGGCAGAGGCGCCCGCACUGCCGGCCCCCGCAGCCCCGGUGGUGAGCAAGGGCACGGAGAGCAGCCGCAGCAGCGAGGAGAGCUCCUCCGACUCGGCCAGCUCGGACUCGGAGGAGGAGCGGGCCACCCGGCUGGCGGAGCUGCAGGAGCAGCUGAAGGCCGUGCACGAGCAGCUGGCCGCCCUGUCUCAGGCCCCCGUGAACAAGCCAAAGAGGAAGAAGGAAAAGAAGGAGAAGAAGGAGAGGAAGAAGGACAAGGAGCGGCACAAGGCCAGGCCCGAGGACGACAGGAAGGCCAAGGCCGCCCCGCCCCCCAGGCAGGCCCCGCCGAAGAAGCCUCCCACCAAGAAGGCCAGCAGCACGACCGUGGCCAGCAGACAGCCGAAGAAGGGCGGCAAGCAGGCGUCGGCCUCCUAUGACUCGGAGGAGGAGGAGGAGGGCCUGCCCAUGAGCUACGACGAGAAGCGCCAGCUGAGCCUGGACAUCAACCGGCUGCCCGGGGAGAAGCUGGGCCGGGUGGUGCACAUCAUCCAGUCGCGGGAGCCCUCGCUCCGGGACUCCAACCCCGACGAGAUCGAGAUCGACUUCGAGACCCUGAAGCCCACCACGCUGCGGGAGCUGGAGCGCUACGUCAAGUCCUGUUUACAGAGGAAGCAGCGGCGGCCGUUCUCCGCCGGCGGGAAGAAGCAGGCGGCCAAGUCGAAGGAGGAGCUGGCGCAGGAGAAGAAGAAGGAGCUGGAGAAGCGGCUGCAGGACGUCAGCGGGCAGCUGAGCAGCAGGAAGCCCGCCAAGAAAGAGAAAUCGGGCGCGGCGCCCCCCGGAGGGCCCUCCCGGCUCAGCAGCAGCAGCUCCUCGGAGUCGGCGAGCAGCAGCUCCAGCGGGUCCAGCUCGGACAGCAGCGACUCGGAGUGAGGCGGCCGGGCCUGGCCACUCCGCCCGCGGCCACCGCCUGCGCCCGCGCCGACCUCCACAGUGCCCCCCCCAGUCAAUAUACUACUUCUGUUCACGCCGCGCGGGUCCUCUUUCAUCCAGGGUUCCGGCCUCCUCCCUUGUCGCUUUCCUGGGUCAGAGGUCGCGGCGAGUCUUGACGGCUUAGAUGCUCGCCUGGCGGCCGGAGGAGAGCGAGGACGGUGGCGGCGGAGCGGCCCUGCGCAGCCCCUUCCCCGGGCCGCGCCUGUUCCCGGAGCCUCCGAGGCGCCGUCUCCGAGGCGGUUCUGUAUUCGGGAGCUGUUGGCUCGUCCCGUCCGCCCGUGUCCCAGGGCCGCCGCCUCCUGCAGGGGCCGAGGGCGGUGGGCCCGCGUGGGAAGUGGCGCGGGGCCAGGCGGGGGGUCCUUGUGGCUCCGACUGAGCUUUGCGGGGGAGAGGGGGGCAGCCAGGGCCGGCGUGGAAGGGGCUGUGAGGUUUUCUGACCUUUGUGACGCCAGGAACUCCCGGGGGGUCCCGUGGCUGCGUGUGCAGGUUUCAUACACUGAAACUUUUACCUCAACUUAAAAAAAAAAAAAAAGAUAAAAAAAGGAGACUUUUUUGUAAGGUUCAGCAAUUUUCUACGAAAGCCCCCCCCGCGUGUGUCCCCCUCGUCAGCGCUGCCGCGGCCGCACACUCCAGAACCGUCGCCCACUCGUGUAUAUAUGAGUACUUUAUUUAUUAACACCAUUGGUCAUUUUUUUAAAAAAUAGAAAAGAAAAACAAAAGAAACGCAUUAAAAACAGCAGAGACGCAGGCCUCCCGGUCUGCGGAGCCCAGGUGCUCCAGGUGCUACGUCCCUGCGGUGCUGCGUGCCGGGG